CAGCUUCGCUGCCCAAGUGUUUGGCCUCGCUGCCUGGCAGGCGCACACCUCUCGGGGAAACCCUCGCGGAUCCGGCAGGCUCGAGCGCCCCUUGGCCGCACAGGCGCACGCCGAGGCGGCGCGGCGGAGCGGCGCCGCAUGCCCGCCGAGGCGGAGGCGCGCCGCAUCGACGAGCUGCAGGAGGAGCUGGACCGAGCCCACAGCGACAUCGACGAGCUCCAGGCCCAGGUCCGAGGCCUCGCUGCGGAGAACGGCCGGUUGCGGCAGGGUGGCCCCGGGCCCCUCGCCGCGGAGCGGCCACAGGGUGGCUCGAGUUCCUCGACGGCCCAAGUUCACAGACUGGGACUGGCCAGGGCAGUGAGGACCUUGCGGGCCGAUCUCGAUCUGACGAAGGCGAGCAGGACCAACGACGAGCUGCAGGAAGAGAGCGCGGCCCUCCGGGAGGAGAUCUCCACCCUGAAGGAGCAGCUGCAGGCCUCCAAGCAGGAGGUGGCAGCGCUGCAGAGGAGCGUGGAGGAGUCCAACAUGAAGUCGCUGGCGCCAGCGCAGCAGCUGGCAGAGGCGAGUGAGAGGCUGCAGCUCGCGGAGGCGGAGUGCCAGAGGCAGAGGCGAGAAUUCCAGCUUGUCAGGCAGGCCUCUCAGCGCCAGAUCCAAGACCUGGAGGAUCAGCUGGAGAGCUCGCUCACGCAGCGCUUCUCCUCCAGGGGCUCCGUCUGCGGCCGCGGCGUCAUCGGCCGCGCCGACUCGCUCGCGGCGGAGCUGGGCUGCCUAUCAGAGGCGGACGAGGACGAGGACGAGCAGCGCGCUGGCGAUGGCGAUGGCGACGCGAAGCUCGACCCUCACAUGGCGCCCCGCCUGUCGCGCGAGAGUGCGCUGCGGGAGGAGCUGGACCGCGCCCGCGAGGACAUCGACCGGCUCAGAGCCCAGGGCGACGAGGCCCUCGGGCAGCUGAGGAUCGGCGGGCGCACGGCUCCCGCGGCGGGGCAGGGCCCCAGCUCCGACGAGGCCGCGGUGCGCCUCCGGAUGGCCCGGCGGAGCCUCGCCCGCAGCGUCGCGGUGCAGAAGAGGGCGGACUGGAAGAGGGCGGCGCGGCGGUGCAGCGACGCGACGGCCAGCGUUGGGCCCGAGGUGACGAAGAAGGUCUCGAAGGCCGCCAGCUUCAAGGACCGCCAGCUGGGCUCCUUCCUGGCGCAUGCUGCACACCAGCAGCACGACCAGGACGAGCUGGAGGAAAUGGAGGCCCGCAUCGAGGAGCUAGAAGAGCUCGUCAGGCAGCAGGAGGACGACCGCGUUGAGGCCCAGGGGCAGGCGCUGAAGCACCUCGCUAUGGCGACGAAGAACCGUGCUCAGGCAGCCGUCAGCCACAUGAGGCUGGAGGAGUUUCAGGAGCAGCACGCCGCCGAGCUCACCGAGAUCCGAUCGGCCAAGGAGGUCCGCGCAGAGCUCCAGGUGGCGCUCGAGGAGCUGCAGGCGGCCUCCUCGCAGGAUGCCAUGGAGCUGCAGGCGGCCCGCGAGGAGCUGCAAGAGCUGCGGGCCCGAGACGAGGACAUGCGGGCACGCAGCGAAGAGCUGCAGGCUGGCCACGAGGGCCUGCAACUGGGGGCUGGCGACGGCGGUGAUGAGCUGCGAGCCCUACACGAGGAACUGCGGGCCAGCGGCGAGGGCAUUCAACCACGGGCUGGCGAUGUGGAGAUGGGGGCACGCAUCGAAGAGCUGCGAGCAAGAGAAAGCGAGCUGCAGGUGGCGCUCGAGGAGCUGCAGGCGGCCUCCUCGCAGGAUGCCGCGGAGCUGCAGGCGGCCCGCGAGGAGCUGCAAGAGCUGCGGGCAUGCAACGAGGGCAUGCGGGCACUCAGAGAGGAGCUGCACGCUAGCCACGAGGGCCCGCAACCAGGGGCUGGCGACGAGGCGAUAAGGGCCCGCAUCGAGGAGCUGCGGGCCCGCAACGAGGAGCUGCGAGCACGCAACGUCCAGGGCCGCCGGCGGCAGCUCACGGACCAAGCGGAGCUGCGUCGGCAGGCGGCUGACCGGGAGGCGUUGCUGCGCGAGGAGCUCGCCGGCGAGGCGCGCGCCCAAAUUGAGGCCGCCCGGAGAGAGUUCUGCAGGGAGCUCGCGGAGGAGCGCAGGCUGGUCGAGAAGGCCGAGGCGGAGGCGGCGGAGGAGUCGCGGGCUGCGGCAGGCAGCGCGCUCAGCCCGGAGCGGCCCGCCUCCCAACCAGAGGCGCGGGUUUUGGCGAGCAGUGCGCCCCGCUGGGAGCAGCCCAGCCCGCAGCCAGAGGCGCGGGCCUUGGCGAGCAGCGUGCCCAGCUGGGAGCGACGCGCCCCCCACCCGAGGCGCGGGCCCUGGCGAGCAGCGUGCCCAGCUGGGAGCAGCCCGCCUCCCAGCCCGAAGCACAGGCAUCGGCGAGCAGUUUGCCCAGCUGGGCGCAGUGCGCCCCUCACCCAGCAGCGCGAGCUCUGGCGAGCAGCGCGUCCAGCAAGCAGUGGCCAGACACCCGUACAGAGGCGCUGGCAUUGGCGAGCAGCGCGUCCAGCGCCCCCGGCGAGGACAGUGAGGCCUGGCUGCUGA